AUGCCUUUCCAGUAUGCUGGCAAUCUGUAUUUCUUAUGUGGAAAGAUUUUUCUCUCAAUGCUUAUGAAUGUUGCUGUUGUAGAGUUGUGCAUGGUGAAGAAUGGAUUGGAAGCUGAUAUUGGUGUUCCUAGCAGGCAAAUCUCCAUGGCAAUGAGCUUCAAGAACUGGCGAAACUCAUCGUGCAGAGAAACUAUCUAUCUGGGUAGAAGCCAACUGCAAGCGAAUGGCGAAAAGGAUGAAGAAGCUGGUGGUUAUAAACCCAAAUGGCAUAACAAGUUUUGGAGAAAAAUCUAUAGGGAGAAGAAGAAAAUAUUCAGUGCUCCUGUUACAUUGCAGGCUGCUUAUGAUCCAGAUGAGUAUUCUCAGAAUUUCGAUCAGGGAAAUGGAUGGGCAGAGCCUGAUAAUCUUUGUCGUUCUUUCUCAGCUAGAUUUGCUGAUCCUUCAAGAAUCUUGCAAAAGAAUUCUAGUUCGAAUCGGAAAGAUGGCGACGAGGACGACGACAGUGACGAAGAUGAGGACGACGAAGACUACGAAGACGAUGAUGAGGGGGGCGAGGACGACGAAGACGAUGAGGUUCAGGUCUUACAAUCCUCCAGAGGGCCACCGGUUCAGUCGGCGGAUGACGACGAGGACGACGACAAUGAGGAUGACGAUGAAGAUGACGAUUGUGAAGGCGGAGACGACGAUGACGAUGGUGAAGGCGGAGACGACGAUGACGAUGACGAGGAUGAAGAAGAGAUCAUGCAGGAGUUUGCUAGUGUUCAAGAGAUUGUGAGAGUGUUGAAGCAAAAGUUAAGCUUUUGA